UUUGAAAGUAUGGCGCCUGCGGGCCCCUGGCUGGUUCUGUGUGAGGAGAAGAUCCGGGAGAAGAGCGGCCUGGCGCCUCACCACGACCUGGCUGAACUUCGGUCAUUAUCUAUUCCUGGAACUUACCAAGAAAAGAUUACUCACCUAGGAAAUUCCUUGAUGCAUUUAACAGGUCUAAAAUCAUUAGACCUUUCACGCAACUCCUUGGUGAGCCUAGAGGGCAUUCAGUACCUGACUGCGUUGGAAAGUCUCAAUCUCUACUACAACAGUAUCUCCUCAUUAGCAGAAGUGCUUUGGCUCCACUCCUUGACAGAACUCACAGAUGUGGACUUCCGGCUGAACCCCGUCGUAAAGAAUGAAUCUGAUUACCGCCUUUUUGUUGUGUACAUGCUCCCGAAGCUCCGGCAGCUAGAUGACCGUCCUGUGAGAGACAGUGAGCGGAAAGCAUCCCGGCUACAGUUUGCAUCAGAGGAGUCACUCAACUCGAAGCAGAGCUUCCCAGCCGUUUUCACAGCUGAAAGACUGUGUCACUCUAGGGCCAUGUGUGCUGACCCCUCAGCCAAGAAAUGCUUGGUCAUGGAUGCAGAUGACGAGGCAGUCCUGAAUCUCAUCGCUGAGUGUGAGUGGGACUUGAGCAACCCUCCUGGGAGCACAAGUUCCAGCCUGAGGGAGCGAGAGACUGACCUCCAUAGUUCCCAAGACUCUGGACAUCUGUUGAGUCCCCACUCAAUGCAGCACCAAUGUGGGGACUCCAUAAAGAAGGGCCACGAGAGGAAGAAAGGCAGCUCUCGAGGGUGUGGUCCAGAGAAGAGGCUCCAGCACCAGUACUGUGGGGAGCUCCCGCCACAGUGUGGGCCGCAUGCACACUUUACCCCACACCCAGAUUCCGCAGACAUUGAGGACCCAGCCGUGUCUCAGAAGUCAAGUUUGUCCACACAAAUGGUGGUAAAUCCAUUGCCUGUUCCUGAAAAGUACAGGAAGCGAAGAAUGCCUGGUGGGAGAUUCCAGGCACCCGCCAACCAGGAGUUUCUGAGCCACCUGGAGAAGCCUGCCAUGCCCUCGAGCCCUGAGGAGACUCUGAGCAGGCACAGUGCCUCCGAGGGCAGGAGUGAAAGGACCUUUUCUCACUCAGAGGUCUCAGAGCCAGAAGGGGAGAGGCCCCACAGCAGGAGUGGCAGUGGAGAGGUGGCUCCCAGACUGUAUUCAGCUGUGCCUCCUGGGAAGAAGGCUGCCCUGGAGGUGAUGCUUCUUGAGGCACUCCUCGACCUGGUGGACAGGUACUGGAGUGGCUGCAAGUCCCUGCAUGGCAAUGAGGUGUUCCAAGCUCAGGCAAGACAUAUUUUGUCAUCUGUGCAAGAAUUUACAACAACUCAGGAUAGUUCAACACUUGUGAGUGAAGAAAUCAGCUACCUUACUCUGGAAAAUAAAUCUCUACAGAAGCACCUUGCUGAGCAGCAGCAGCAGUACCAUGUAAAGAUUAAUGAGGUGGCAUCAGAACUAAGCAACACACAGAAGGAGAUGGAUGACUUGAAGCAACAUUUAGACAAAUCUUUGGAAGAGAAUAGUAGCUUAAAGGCUCUUUUGUUCAGCAUGAAAAAAGAAGCAAAAAAUGCAGACACUGCGGCUACAUUAAAUGUGCAGAUCACUGGACUUCAGACAAGUGUGAAGAGGCUCUCUGAUGAGAUUGUGGAAUUAAAGCAGCAUCUGACACACUAUGACAAGAUCCAGGAGCUCACCCAGAUGCUUCAGGAGAGCCACAGCUCCCUGGUCAGCACCAAUGAGCAUCUCCUGCAGGAGCUGAGCCAGGUGCGGGCACAGCACCAGGCAGAGGUGGAGCAGCUGCAUUGGAGCUACAAGGAGCUCAAGAAGACUCUGGCCCUCUUCCCGCAUGGUAGCGCCAGCCUUGGAGGCUGCUAGCCCCACCCCCACCCCUGGGCACCCAUGCCUGGCCUCUGGGUUUUGUGGCCAGCGCAUCUGUAUUCGCUCUGACACAGCUAGUAAAAUGUGGAAAUUCCUUUCUACCUAGUGUUUGUGUUGGUGAGAGCUGGGUCUUCUGUUCGUAAUUAUCUUAAAUGUUUUGAAAAGUAUUUGGGGCCUGUAGCUCGAUUUUCUAGAACAUCCUGAGAAAGGAUUGAUCUGUCUAUAGGUGAGUCUGUAAGGGUGUAUACGGUGCAGGAUUUGCAAAGAGCUGGCAACUGGGAUCAUUAUUCCCUCGGACUCCAGGAUGCUGUUCCUGUGUCCUGAAAUACAACCGAGAUCUUACCAAGAAAAAAAAAAAAAAAAAGCCUUUCAUGUGUUUUGAAACGAUAUACUGAUAUAUUUUGAGAGCCAACAUUAUUAGUUUUUCAAAAAUAUCUUGAUAUAAAAAAAUGCAGUAUUUUUCACCCUGAUGUGAAAGAGAAUGGGGUCUGAUCGCUAAGUGAUUUUGUGUGACACUCAAUCCUUGUUCAAUAAACUAAUAGAUUGUUUUAAAAAGUG